CGACUCACCACCCAGCCGUGGUGCUUGGGUAACUUUCGAAUUGCCCAGCUAAUGACGGCAAGAAGAAUCCCUCAAAUUUCGUGUGUGUAUAAUUCGCAAGGUUUCGCACCCCAAUCAGUCUCUGAAUGGAGCUUGAUAUAAUUGUUCCCAUGCUUCCAGUGUAGGCUCGCAGUGAAGGAAAGUGUGUUGGGAGGUGUUUCUCUCAAUGGUGGGGUGCUUCUUGUGAGCUCGUUGAUUCCAUCGAAGAACCAGUUUAUACUUACCAGGUUUUCUGCAGUUGUGUUGGCUGGAGCCGCGUCGUAGCUCUGGGGGAGGAAAAGCUCCCCGGAGAGGCUUUUUUCGGGGGCGAUUCUGAAUCUACUUGGGAGGCUUUACUCUGUCGAUUGGAUUUGUAGCAUUCUGGGCAGGAGAUUAGUGGAAGCUGCUGGUUUGCGUCUGCCUGGCGGACUCUUUUUUUGUGAGCUAGGAGGAGAUUGUUGUCGGUAGCGUGUGGAGCAAGAGGAGCGAAUUUCUUAUGUGUAGUUGCAUGCAAUGGAAGCAGCGUUGAGGACGUGGAUGAGGAAGUCGAUCAUCUCAAAUCGGCUUUGUGGAAUCAGGUUUUGCGUCUUGUAUGAUGGUGUUGUGCGGCUGGUUGUGUGAUCUCUACCAGGUCAAAAAUCCUCGCCACAAUCAGGUCGGUAUUGGAGCCAGCUCCUUGCGCUUCGCAACCCCCCCCCCUCCCCUCAUCGAUGUAGUAUCUUCUCUACCUGUGGGAACGAAUGCAGCUGCGCUACGGAUCUGUUUAAUAAUACUAGCCGAAUCACUUGAGGUCGCUAACGAGAGACUCUGAAAUUUUGACCGAUACCUUUCAUAGAAUUAGGGUCACAGAUUGAGUAGAGAGUUGAGCACAAUGUGUAAUUCUCCUGCAUGCACCACCUCGGUGGGUCUCUCAAAUGCUGUCAGCGAUGCGUGCGCGAUACCAAAUGCCGCACCCAGCUCAAUAGCCCUGCCGCCCAAGGCAGAGAAAGAGGCGUCUCUGUACAACCCCAUGCUGCUCAUCGAGAAGGAAUCAGGACCCAAGCCGCAGAAGUACUCGGAGGUUGACAUAGAUGGCUUGCUUCGUGCAAUCAAGAACCCACCCGAAAGAAUUGUGGACUUAUACAUCCACUACUGCCCGCGCAUCAAGUCAGAGAGUGACAAUUGCUCGGUGUCGCUCACCCUUGCUGACGACAAAUUUGUCCGUCGGUUAUUAUAUCGAUUCGAUGGACCCGAUCGGAGUGAUGACUCCGACCACAAGGUGUUCUCAAGGGUCAUUAAGGGGCUUGUGGCCAGUCCUGCGGUUUCGUCUCUGACGCUGGAGAUUGAUUGUGUACCAUCCGAUAUGAUUGUGGCGGAACUUUGCACUGCAUUGCAGAAGAAUCGGACAUUGAAGAAGCUGAGUGUGUACAGCGACAAUCGGUUUCAGCAGGCGUUAAAUUCCGAGUGCGUGAAGCACAUCAUGGAGAUGUUCCUUGUUAAUACCGGGAUCGCGGAGCUUCAGUUGGGAUUGAUUGACGUUAGCAACCAUAUUGCGGAUAACAUAGCGCUCGCGUUGCGACGCAAUCGUUUCCUACUAGGACUCACUCUGUACGCGAGAAUCGAUGCUGAUGCAAUGGCGGUUUUGACGAAGCCGUUCUCCGGGGCGGAGCCAAACCAAACGCUCCAGAAGCUCGAGAUUAAGGGUUUCAAGUGUAAUGGUGCGCACGGCGAUGGUCAAAUUGGGAACAAAGGAGCAGAGCACAUAGCAACAGUGCUGUGCCGUAACUCUUCGCUGGAGGAAGUGGCUUUGAAAAACUGUGCAAUUGACUCUUCCGGCGUCCAGACGCUCGCUCUAGCCCUCAUGACAAACAAGAAUCUCAAGGUACUUGACCUGUCCUACAAUCCCAUAGAUGUGGAUGGUCUAAAGGACAUUGUGAAGACAAUUAGCAUGGAUCCGGCCACAAAGCAACAGCCCAAUACUUCUUUCCGGGAGAUCAUCAUCCGCCAUAGCUACAUCAAUAGAGCAGGAGCACCUAUUCUGGCAAAUAUGUUGGCGACGAACAAGACGCUCGUCAGAUUGGACCUUCAAUGCAGUGUCCGCCUCUGGCAACCAAAAGACGUGCUUAUGCUGUUACAUGCUCUAAAAAACAACCAGACUUUGAGAUUCCUUGACCUUAGAGGCUGCGAUGGCGUGGCCGGAGAGAAGGUUUUGGCCACUAUCCUGGACCUUCUGGUUACCAAUCCCUGGCUUGAACAAUUGGGUGUUGAGGGCACUCCUCUCUGUCGGAAGGGCCACGACGCUGUUAUCAAGGCCCAGUUGCGUAGAAACGCUGAGAAGUUCAUGGAAGUUUUCAAGGGAAUGGGAACCGUGACACCCACCUCCGCUAGAGUGUUCCUGUGCGGCGUUCCCUUGGCAGGUAAAACGACGUUCCGAAAAACAAUGGUGUGCGGGAACAUGAAAAGAACUUCCUCUUCCGUGCGUCUCAAAACCUCGGCUGCUUUCAAAGAAGCCAUCUCUAAUUCAAAAAUACUUCAAGCGGGAUCGAAGCAUUCGCUGACCGCCGGAAUUGAAGUGCAAACGAUUGUAGAAGACAAUGUACAGAUUUCAAUUUGGGAUCUUGCCGGUCAUGAAGAGUUCCACGCAUUCCACGACCUUGUCGUCCCCAAUUUGAGCUCUCAAGGAAGCGCAUGCACAUUCGUUCUUCUGUGCGAUAUUUCGACGCAGCAGGGGAAGAGCGGAAAAUUUGAGCUGAAAGACGAGAAGGUCGUGGACCUGGAGUUGCGCUACUGGCUCCGGUUCAUAGCGUCCAACACGCGCCAAUCCGUGCAUAUGCUGCCGAAUGUGACCGUCAUCUUCACGCACUCUGACAAGUUUCCUAAAGUCGACCUGAUUGGGCACUUCAAGCCGCAAGUGGAGAAGCUACGAGCUCAAUUCGCGCGGGUGAUCAACGUCACUGAAUUUCAUGUAGCGGAUGCCAGGUCAAGGAAAUCCAUUGACCCUGUGCAGAAGGCGAUACAGAAGCGGAUCGUGAGCAUCCUUGAUCGAGUGCCAAAGGUCUUUGACGCUUGCAGGCAAGUGCAAAUAAAGUUGGGUGAGUGGAAAAAUCAGCACCCGGACAAGCCACUCAUUCAGUGGUCCGAUUUCAGUGUCCUUUGUAGUAAGGUGCCCGCGCUGAAGCGUCUUCAAGGGCAGGACAUCAAGAUUGCAGAGGAGCGGGAGAAGGCUGUUGCGAGGGCCAUGCACGAUGCCGGGGAACUUCUCUUCUUCGACGGGCUAGACUUCAUGGUGGUCGACCCGAAUUGGUUCUGCCACGAGAUUAUGGGCAGGAUUCUUAACCUUAAUAGCUCCAUGGUAGUCCUCAAGCAGCCGCUCAUCGAUCAAAAGGGAUUCACCAAGCGGGAGCAUCUGAAGAAGGUGCUUGAAGCUUCCUUCUGCAAGAACAAGAACCCACACUUCAAAGGGCGCAGGGUCAAAGGCGUGGUUACCGAGGAUCUCGUGCAGCUGAUGGUGAAGCUGAACCUGUGUUUUGAACAGAACCCUGGCGACAAAACAUCUGGAGUCUACAUUCCCGCCGCGUUGCACAAACCUAGUGAAGAGGCUGCGAGAGGAGAAAGACCUCUCAGUUGGCCUUGCCGCUAUGGCCAGGUUUCUGAACACGAUCUGACACACGUCGGCUGGAGGUUGAAGUGCGAGAACCCGGAAUUGACGACCCUAACGCGUGGAUUCUUUCCCAGACUUCAAGUCUUCUUGCAGAGGAGAUUUGUCGGAGUGUCGGAUGCGUGCUACACAUUCGAGAAGGAUUUCAUCUCUUUUGUUUUCAGCGGGAUUGAGUUUCUUAUUGAGUACCAUGGGCCAGAUGAGUGUCUAUUGGACAUCCUCGUUAGAACCCCCAAAGAUAUUGUGCAGACGUGGGCUGCAGUAGACGAAAAUGUCCUUAAACCUACGCGAGAGUUUAGUGCUUCUCCUACGGAAGGGUGUCAAGGAGUUGUUUUGAUUGUUGAAAUCAUGCGACCGCAAUGUGUAAGGGAGCUGUGGAUGCGCAAGAAGAGGACUAAAGAUCAGUGCAUAGGAGUGGAAGAUUUGAAGCAGAAAGUACUAGCGUCUGGAAGCUUAGACUAUGAGUUUAUCUGGAAGAAGAAUAUGGAGGAGAGCCAUGGAUUGAAGGCUGACAGGGCAGAGGAUUUGCUCGGACCCGCGAACUGGGAAGAUGUGUUGAACAGAUAUCUCGAUGCUCUGGAGAGAAUCGAUACUGAGGUCUGUCGCAAGAGGUCGCUAAAAACGACGGACUCGAUUAGGAGCCCUAUGAAUCCUCUGACGCCACCUCCAUCACGCCGCAUUGGACGAGCUGUCUCUCUCCUGCCUCGCCCGGUGGAGAUGGCUGGACAACUCCUCGAAUCAAGAAUCAUUGACCGCAGGACGGAGAUCAACGUGUUUCAGAAGAAACUGUUCCCGGAAUUGUCACGUGAUAUCGACAAUGUCAUCGAUUUUCCACCUCUUUUGCAAGGUGCCAAAGUUCCGCAUCUCGUCUACCUCACCACGGGUGGGGAUUCUGUGAACAGCGAGCGUCUUGUCACAAGACUGACUCCAGGGUCCUACUCCCGAAAACUCCAUCUCAUGUGCGAGCACCGCGAUGGCAUUCAUAUGAUCGACACCCAAGUCGGCGGAAUCAUGCGCUGUGACGAGAAAUCGGUUCGCAGCGUCCGCCCACACAUGCUUUGGGGUUUGAAGCUCAUCUCUACCCUGUUGCGCAUCAGUGAGACGGCAGCUGGUGGGUUCUCUACAAUUAUCACCGAACCCCAACGCAUGCGCCUCAUGGGCAUCACUCCUGAUGAAGAAGCCACCGACGAGUGGCCUGAAGUGACGGGGCGGCUCUCCUUCACGGCGGAGGAGAUAAAUACAGCCGAGGACUGGCUAAUCUACUACAUGAAGGACAAGAACAUCCCCGCCCUAUUCGGACUCCACAAGGUCCGGUACCUCGACGACGGAAUGCCGUCGAAGCGCACCGCGUGGAUUUGCGACAGGCACAUGAAUCACUGCCUUCACCACGGCACAGUAGAAAUCUUGUAGGACAGACACAUGGGGCAGCCUUGGAAACUAUAUCAUGGAUGUUCCGCUAUUACUAUAACUCUUCCGAAUGCCUUGCGUUUUUAGUUUGCGCUGUGGAUACACUACUCAAGCAGAAGACGUGUCUUAGAAAAUAAGUUACACCCCCCCCCCCGGGCACGAUGUAGAGCAUAAGAAACAGCUACACCCAGGCUAUUGAUUUGACCUGCCUGUCUACUAGAUCUGCACCAGCUCAUGUCGAUCGAUAUCCUGAGCCGCCUUCUAAGAUUGAGACGAUUCCCUCGGUAACCGACAGAGCGCGAGAUUGCUAGUCCAAGGACAGAUGAGGUUACCGCAUAUUAAUAAAGCGGUGUGGGUUCAGACCGGAAUGGCUCAGCACUACGCUUUUGCAGCGUAACCCUGUAGUUUAUAUCUGUAAGUAUAUCAAGUAGUUAGCGUAAUUUGCAACGUCGUCAUUUUCGACGUGAUCUGUCUACACCUUUCGAUCACCGUCACCUUGUCGACAUCUGUGGCCAAAUUCUUAGCUGGCCAGUAUGAACGUGAGAAACUUGACUCGGUGAAUGCCUUUCCACUGGAUGUUUGGAAUCCACGGCACAACCCAAUAUCUUGGUUAUGCUUGAUAAUGUAGCAUAUGUAAACAGCGAUUUGUAAUAAAAAACUACAGUUGGAUAAUCUUUAUUUUAUUUUA